GUCAGGGGAAGGCCCUCGUUCUCGCUGGAGAAUGGAACUUCCGCUUUGGACUGAGAACAGGAGGCUCCCAGCUGCCUGUCCCACUGCUGCCCAGCCCAGCGGCAUCAGAGGACGCCAGGUUCCCAGGAAGCAGCUGAGCAGGGCCAUGAUGAAGACCCCGCGGGGCAGCGUCCCAGUGCUGCUGCCGCUGAUGCUCCUGAGUCUGCUCCACGUCUCCCGGGCCCAGAGUGGCUGCAUUGGGCACCCGGCCAUCCCUGGCAUCCCGGGCAUCCCCGGGGCACCGGGCUCCGAUGGCAAACCAGGGACUCCAGGGAUAAAGGGAGAGAAAGGGCUGCCGGGGCUAGCUGGAGACCACGGUGAGCUUGGAGAGAAGGGGGACCCAGGGUUUCCUGGGAUUCCAGGAAAAGUCGGCCCCAAGGGCCCCGUUGGCCCCAAAGGUGCCCCAGGGCCUCCCGGAGCCCACGGCCCCAAGGGCGAAUCAGGAGACUACAAGGCCACGCAGAAAAUCGCCUUCUCGGCCACACGCACCAUCAACAGCCCCCUGAGGCGGGACCAGGUCAUCCGCUUCGACCACGUGAUCACCAACACCAACAACAACUACGAGUAUCGAAACGGCAAGUUCACGUGCAGGGUGCCCGGCCUCUACUACUUCACCUACCAUGCCAGCUCUCGAGGGAACCUGUGCGUAAACCUCAUGCGGGGCCGGGAGGAGACACAGAAGGUGCUCACCUUCUGCGACUAUGUCUACAACACCUUCCAGGUCACCACGGGCAGUGUCGUGCUCAAGCUGGGGCUGGGGGAGACCGUCUUCCUGCAGGCCACCGACAAGAACGCCCUGGUAGGCAUCGAUGGGGCCAACAGCAUUUUCACCGGGUUCCUGCUCUUCCCAGAUGCAGAGGUGUGACCUGUGGGUCCAAUUCACCCCCUCCCCUGCCAGCCACGCUCUCUUUACCCCCAACACCAGCCCCCACACAGCCAAAACACACAGUAGGGCUCCAUGGAUAUUGCUGAAUGAAUGAGUAAAUAAACUUUUCAAGGCCAAGGGA